AUGCUAUUCGGAGAUCUCUCACCACCACUGGACCGAGUGGGCAAAAAGGUAGUAGCCCUCGGUGUAUCUAUUGCCUUGGGUGUUCCCCUAUCAAUCUACCUGUGGCAGAGAGACGGCCCGAAAAAGUCUAGUGACAACGCCGUUGGCGAGCCUCGUGGGGCCAAUCAAGAGUAUACACAAAAUGCGGAGGGCAACCAGGGUGACGAGCGGACAGUUAAGGGACAAGAUUCCAACCCGAAUAAGUUCGCUCAUGAUGAGCCUCGAGCCAUGGGUCCUGCGAAAGGACCCACAAGCAUGUCAUUCAAGCAGCAGGGUCUCUCUAAUGCUGAUACCAUGAACCCAUAUAUCAACGAACCCGGCAAGAGUGAAAAGGGCGAGGGUGAGACGGAGACCGCAAAGUUAAAGGGUACGGUGAAGCCUGAACGGCCACAGGUUUGA